CGACAGCCAGCGGGGGAGAACAGGCUGACUGUCUGUCCAGUGUAACCUGUCUCCGGGCAGCACUGCCAUUAAGGUGUGUGGAGGUAGAGGAGAACGUGACCCGGGAUACACCGGCCGCUGCCAUCCGAGAUUCAGUAACCGCGGGCUCCUUGUGUGAGCGCUCAGUGCAGCCAGCCCCCCCCUGUGGGCACGGCCAGCUGGAGGAUAGGCGAGUGUCUUCCGUCAGCUGACAUCCCCCCGGUGUGCAGCCGGGAUUGCAUUAGUCCGGAUUGUGGGUCGGAGUCGGUAGGUUGGACACGCAGUGCUCGUGUGAACUUUAAAAAUGGCGGAUUCCUGUACAGAUCAAAGCAUGUGCCAUGCAGAAAAGGAGAGUGGUGCUCCUGAAGAAGCCUUGUUUAGCUUGGCUGAUAUGUUCCUCUUCUCCCUCAUUGUUGGGCUUGUCACUUACUUUUUUUUCUUCCGCAAGAAGAAAGAAGAAACCAUUGAGUUCACUAAAAUCCAGCCACCUAUGAAUACCUCUGGCCGGGAAAGCAGCUUUGUGGAAAAAAUGAAGAAGACGGGAAAAAACAUAGUGGUAUUUUAUGGCUCGCAGACUGGAACUGGAGAAGAAUUUUCCAAUCGACUAGCAAAAGAUGCUCACCGUUAUGGCAUGAGAGGGAUGUCUGCUGACCCGGAGGAGUAUGAGAUGGCUGACCUAAGUCGUCUUUCUGAAAUCGAGAAUUCUCUUGCUGUAUUCUGCAUGGCCACUUAUGGUGAGGGGGAUCCUACAGAUAAUGCUCAGGACUUCUAUGACUGGCUACAGGAAACGGACACUGAUCUCUCUGGUCUAAAGUUUGCUGUUUUUGGACUUGGCAAUAAGACAUAUGAACACUUUAAUGCCAUGGGUAAAUAUGUGGACAAGCGGCUGGAGGAACUAGGAGGGGAGCGCAUCUAUGAACAAGGCAUGGGAGAUGAUGAUGGCAAUUUGGAAGAAGAUUUCAUCACGUGGCGUGAGCAAUUUUGGCCAGCUGUCUGUGAGCACUUUGGAGUAGAGGCAACAGGAGAAGAUUCCAGUAUCCGUCAGUAUGAACUUGUGGUGCACACAGACGAAAAUAUGAACAAAGUAUACACUGGAGAGAUGGGUCGACUUAAAAGUUAUGAGACACAAAAACCACCAUUUGAUGCUAAAAAUCCGUUCCUUGCUAAUGUCACUGUUAACCGCAAACUGAACCAGGGUGGGGAGAGACACUUGAUGCAUCUGGAGUUGGAUAUCACAAAUUCAAAGAUUAGGUAUGAGUCAGGCGAUCAUGUUGCUGUUUACCCAUCUAAUGAAUCUUCACUUGUCAAUAAGUUUGGAGAGAUUCUGGGAGCAGACCUUGACACGGUCAUAUCUUUAAACAAUCUGGAUGAGGAAUCAAAUAAGAAGCAUCCAUUCCCCUGCCCUACAACAUACCGCACUGCACUCACCUACUAUUUGGACAUCACCAACCCACCUCGCACCAAUGUGCUUUACGAGCUAGCACAGUAUGCAACAGACUCCAAAGACCAAGAACAUCUGCGUAAAAUGGCUUCAUCUGCUGCUGAGGGCAAGGCUCUCUACCUCUCUUGGGUUGUGGAAUCAAGAAGGAAUAUUUUGGCCAUACUGGAAGAUGUUCCAUCUUUGCGUCCCCCACUUGAUCACCUUAUUGAACUAUUGCCACGUCUGCAAGCCCGUUAUUACUCCAUUGCUUCUUCUUCAAAGGUUCAUUCCAACUCUGUCCAUAUCUGUGCUGUGCUUGUGGAGUAUGAAACAAAGACUGGUCGGAAAAACAAAGGUGUGGCCACAAACUGGCUGAAAAACAAGCAGCCAUGUGACAAUGGCCACAAAUCUACAGUGCCCAUGUAUGUACGCAAAUCUCAGUUUCGGCUUCCAUUCAAACCUGCCACACCGAUCAUCAUGGUUGGGCCUGGCACUGGCAUAGCCCCCUUUGUUGGUUUCAUCCAGGAGAGAGAGUGGCUAAAGCAGCAAGGCAAGGAUGUUGGAGAAACUGUUCUGUAUUAUGGAUGCCGCCAUGAACAUGAAGAUUACCUUUACAAAGAAGAACUCGCUCGGUUUCACAAGGAAGGUGUUCUUACUCAGCUCAAUGUGGCCUUCUCCAGGGACCAAGAAAAGAAGGUUUAUGUUCAGCAUCUUCUGAAGAAAAAUAAAGAACAUGUGUGGAAACUGAUCAGCGAGGAUAAUGCACACAUUUAUAUUUGUGGUGAUGCCCGGAAUAUGGCCCGUGAUGUACAGAAUAUUUUCUAUGAAAUUGUUGCGGAGUACGGUAAAAUGGAACAUGCUCAGGCAGUGGAUUACAUAAAGAAACUGAUGACCAAGGGGCGCUAUUCUCAGGAUGUCUGGAGUUAAUCGAAGCAGUGUGUCUCUGCUAGGUGGACAAUGUAGAGAUGGCAUGAGCUGCUGUCUAGGACGCCCUGCAUGAGCCGAUUCUUGGACUGUCUAUGGAAAAAUUAUAAAUGCCUUUAGUGCCGAUAACCAUUCUGUGUUUUUGUUUUUUGAGGAAAAACUGAUUUUUCUUAAUCCCUCUGCUGAUUCUCAGAGGGUGGUAGGGAAGAACUAUAAUCCAUUCACCGUUUGAACUGUAACCAUUGCCACCAUCCCAGUCAAAAUAGUCAUUAUGAUCUUUGUGAUGAAAAGGAUUUUUAUUCUUGUAACCCUUAUUUUUUGGUGUAUUUCUGUCAAGGUGUUAAUCAAAACAUUAUUUUGAUAUUGCAAUUGUCAUAAAUUCUAAGUUCUCACUGUUUGUGUAACUUAAAGGCCAGUGUAUGAGAAGGCAGAUUAAUCCCUGCCAAACAGCCCUUGACAUGAUUUAAAAGAGGAUGAUUGAUGUGCAUGCUUUGUGUCCACAGGUCAGUUAGACCUGUGGCACAGUCUGAAUAUAAAUUACCAUUGGUAGGAUAAAUGGCCAUAGCUUAAGUAAAUUCCUUCAAAUUUAUGAAAAUUACCAGUGGUCUUCUCAACCCUUAAUUCGUUAAUGGUUUGAUACCUAGCCAUUAAAGUAAGUAUGUUUCUACUUAUGUCCUCGCUUUGGACAAUGAUCGAAUUUUCUAUCAAAUGGCGAUUAUCCUUCUAAUCCAUCAGCUAUUAUGCACAUGACAAGUCUUCGUAUCCUACCUAAAUUGAUGCAGUUGUCAAAUAGAUAUCAGCGUAGUGUAUUUUACAUAAGAGGGCAUAUCUGAUGGCACUAGCUAUAAGUGGAGACAUGUAUAUACACACAUAGCACCUCUAUCCUGGUAAUAUUCUGUGUGAGUGCAAUUUUCAGAAUACAAGGUGACCAUAGGAAAACUGCUAUUACUUUGGCUAAGUGAUGGAUAGAAUGCUAUAAUUUAUAGAAUUUGUGUUCUUUUGACCCUGCAGAUUUGUGUGUCUCCUAAAGCGUAGACUGUGAAAUAAGUUAUUGCUGUCUUUGAGCGUAAAUACAUUCACAUUGGAGGGGACUUUAAGAGUAGGCCCUUUUGGCCUCUUGUAGACCAGUGGAAUGGGAAACUAUUGUCUAGAGGAUUCUGAAUAUGUAUAAGGUUUAACUCACACUUCAAGACAAAUUCUCUUGGUUGGCAUUAUAUUUUUGGUGAUCUUUUUUCCCAGAAUUCAACCAAAUGUAGCUUGUAACAUCUAAGAUUAUUUAUUAUAGGAUUAAGUCUGGAUAUUUAAGAUACAGUAUUUGGGUAAAAUCUUUGAUUGUUAUUUUAAAGCAUUUCCCCAUCCUAGAAUUCUGGGCUCUUUUAUGUUGCGACAAUGUAUUACCAGAGUGACUUUGGGAAUGGGGUGUAUUUAUGGCAAACUGGCUUCUUUUUGUAUUUUAGUAUAUGAUACCAUGAGUGCCGGCAUAAGGAGAGCUCUGUAUCGCUUAGCAGAGAGAGUCCGUUUUGACACUCCUGGAUCCUAAUGUCUAAUUGAACUAUCAAAACACAGUUAUUGUUUAUAAUGUACUGGUCAUGCUAAACCUAAACUAGAACUAGAUUUAAGAGCAUUAAAUGUAAGCUAUAGAUUGUGGUUGCAAAAAUGUAUGUAUAGAUUUUAAUUUAAAUCUCUUUAGAAAUGAUUGACAAGUGGGAAACAUUUUUAAUCUGCUUUGAGUUCUAUGGUGAGUAUUCUCCUAGAGGAUAUUCUCCAUGUUAGUUAUUCCCCCAAGUAAUUACGAAUGUAGUGGCUAUUGCUCUGUAUUAAUGCCAAUGUAAAGCCAUGUUGGCGUAAUCAGGGAGGAUUGGCUCUGCUUGAGGACACUUCCCCCAUGCAAGGCAAUCACUGUUCAGAGGUGGAGGGAGCAAGGAAGACCAAUGUGUAGUGGAACACCUAUGGAGUUUCCGGAAAUAGGGUUGCUGGAGUGGGAGGCAGCAGGCAAGAAAGUGUAUGCCAACUUUUAAAGCAAUUCAAUAUAAAUCGAAUGAUGAUAUAUUGGUUGUUUUGAGAGUUAUACGGUUAGUUGAACCUUGCACAAAGUGUUUACUUAAAGUAGUUUUGUUAUGUGAUAUUGAGGUCAUUGUUCCUCUAUAAAAUACAAUCAUCCCUGUAGUAUUGUCUUAUAUUUAGCACAGGGUUGGGCAACGUUCAGAUGUGGACUACAUGUCCCCCUGAUGCUUUGCUAGCAUUAUGGAGAGGUAGUCCACAACAUCGGGAGUGCUGAAGGUUUCCUACCCUGAACUAUAAUGUACAUAUCUCACUGUGAUCGCUUUGCCAAGAUUUGUUCUACAACAGUUGCAAGGCCGGGUUUAGUAAUGCCUUAAGAUGAAUAGCUUGUAUGUUAAGUAAUAGAAAGAUUAUAUGUUUAGUAUAUGGGACAUGCCUUUUGCUGCUGCAAGAAAAUCUAAUUUCUAGAGAUGGAAAGCAGGUAACAAGAAGACAGGAGAAAAGUAAACCUAACAGUGACCCAUUUGAUUAAUCUUGUAAAUGACCAGAUAAAUGAUAAAAUACAGCAUUCCUUGGGGAAUUAAAGUAAAAAUAGACCGAUUCCAUAGUUUGUAAUACAUGAAAGGGUCUCCAGAUGUUUUUUGUUUUUUAAUACAGGUCGGAUCAUGUGGAAGCAUUACUGUCUCUAACAUUUUGAUUAAUACACACAGAUCUGGCAUUGAAAGAUUACAUAUUUACUGAUAAUGUUUGCUUUCUUUGAAGUCUUGCACCAUGUACAUUCAGAUUUUUAAUGGUUUCCUUCCCUUUUCGAAAUAAAAAUUUUAAGAAACAAUGUGUUACACAAGAUUACCAUGAUUGUAAAUAAUUUUAAAUACAUAUUAACCUUUGAAAUAAAAUAAACAUUUCCAAUUCA